CGGCGGAGCCCCUUUAGAGCCCCUCCCGGGCCAAGAGCAGCGCUCGGCCAUGGGGCCGCCCUACACCGACCUCAGAGCGUCCGACGAGGAUGGCUCCGCGGAGGGCAUCAGCACGGUGUCGGGCAGCAGGAACCCGCUGCAGCCGCUGCAGGGGGAGGAGGACGAGGAGCCCUUCACCACCUACUUCGACAGCAAGAUCCCCAUCCCCGAGGAUGAGACGGUGGGUGCAGCCCCCCCUCCCCCCCCACAGGGUGCGAAACUGGGGUGGAACAAAGGGAUCAGUGCUGCUCCUGGGGGUCAGUGCUGCUCCUGGGGAUCUGCUCAGCUCCUUGGGGUCUGCUCAGCUCCCUGGGGGUCUGCGCUGCUCCUUGGGGGAUUCCUCAACCUGCGCUGGUCGCGCUUUGCCCGCGUGCUGCUGACGCGCUCCAUCGCCAUCACGCCCACGCUCUUCGUGGCGAUCUUCCAGGACGUGGAGCACCUGACGGGCAUGAACGAUUUCCUCAACGUCCUCAUGAGCCUGCAGGUGGGGCAGGGUCCGUGGGGAGGUCCUUGA